AUAAACAACUCACAAAGAGCCAAAACCCAGAGAUCAUAAGAUAAAAUGUUUUAAUAUUGUAAACAAAUCCAGACAAAAACUUAAAAUGUAUAAAAAAGUAGUACAUUGACAAAUAUUGAUUAAAAGGUAAAUGGAAUAACACAAAGUUUUUAGAUAAAAUUAUGUUUUGGGGUGGUUUGAGACCUCGAUCUCAGAGGAAGCAUGUGUCUUUGUAUGGGCUGGGCUAAACUCCAUCCAAUGACAGGCUUUAAGGCCCUGAUGAUAAGACAGCUAGGGGAGUUGUUUUAGCAUUUCACCAAGAUCAGCGUGGACGGAGAGACUUCAGGGAGCAGUUUCCUAACAGCUCUCAGUCGGCCAACAGAAACCAGAGUUUCAGAUCUCAUGGAUCAGAAAAGCCACCUGCCUUCAGAGGAAGACGUUGGAGAACCUUCAGUCAUCAUCAGUCAGGUUCUGCUAAGUCUCCAGCAUGCAGUCGUCUUGGGAAUCUCACGGGCACGACGGAGAUUCCUGCAGGGCUUCACUGUGUUCUCCAUAGUUCUUCUGCUCCUCUGGGUCGCAGCGUUUUUAUAUGGGACUUUCUACUACUCUUACAUGCCCAAAGCUGCUUUUUCUGCACCGGUGUACUACUACUAUCGGACAGACUGUGAAUCACCAUCUUCUUUCUGGUGCUCCUAUCCUGUGGCCAACGUCUCUUUGAUGAGAAACAAGAAACAUGCGCUGACGUUCGGCCAGGCGUAUCGGAUGUAUUUGCAGCUGGAGAUGCCCGACUCCCCGACCAAUCAUGACGUGGGGAUGUUCAUGAUCAAGACCACCUGUUACUCUGAGGAUGGAGCCCAAGUGGCUUCCUCUGCUCGUACCGCAAGUCAGCUGCAGAAGGCCUCCAGCUCUCGCUUUGGAAUGCUGCGGUACCGAUCCGACUUGCUGAAGACUUUGGGAACGCUGCUCUUUCUCCCUGCCUUUCUGAGUGGAGCGGCCGAGCAGAAACAGGUUGUGGAGGUGGAGCUCUUCUCAGAGUUCAUAGACGACCCAUAUGCCCCCUCAGUCACGGCUACCAUUGAGAUCCUGUCUAGCAAGGUCCAGAUCUACUCAUCUCAUCUGUAUGUGCAUGCCCAUUUCACCGGCUUAAGAUAUUUGCUGUUUUACUUCCCAGUCCUGUCAGCCUUUGUAGGCGUUGCAAGUAACUUCACCUUCCUCAGCUUCCUCUUCAUCCUGAGCUACUUGAGGCAGCUGCUGAGGUUUGGGGAGAAACCAGAGCAGUCUGAUCUGUCUCUGAAGUCCACAUUACAGCUCACAAGCGAUGGACCAGAGAGGAAUGAUGUGAAUAACCAUCCUCAGAAUGAAAGGGAACUUGGUGCAGAUGCUGCAGAGUGGAUGGGCCCCCUGCAAACUGAUCCCACAGACCUGAGUGAUGAUGAGCGCUACCUGUAGUUUUGCAACAACACAGACAUGCAGAAUGGAUAUAAACCUAAUCAGGGUGAAAUUAACCAAUCUGAGGUGGCCUGAUGAGUUUAUUGAAAGAAAAGCCUGAUAACUUAUCUAGUAGAAGUAUGAGAAAUUGAAGUGUAACUUGAAAUGUUUUUGGAAGAUCAUGUUUUCUGAAUGCUGUCUCCAGAUUGCGUUUUAACUUUUAGCUUGCUGACACUUUUGUGCUGUAAAAUAACUCCCUGUAAAUUGUGCAUAUUUGCUGAUUGUAUCAUGCUUUGUGAUAAGAAUUUGGAAAUGAGGGGGAAAAAAACAAAAAACUGCAUGAGAGAGACACAAACGGAUGGAUGGAUGCAUGGAAGGAUGGACAGGUGGAUGGACGGGUGGAUGGAUGGACGGACGGACGGAUAGAUGGACGGAUGAGUGGAUAGUGGGAAUAAAUUCAUUGAAUGGGAUGGAAUUAACUUUUCUAAGUGCAUCUAUUAUCUAAAAACCAGUAUACAAAGCCCACUGGUUGGAGUAGCUUAAUGAAGUUGAGAAAGGAACAGGGAAAAACAAUUUGAAAGUACAGAUAUUUUUAAUGCUUUGUUUUGUCCCAACACUAUCCAGGUCAGGAACAUAAUAAUCUUAAAUUCCUUACCAGACUGUGCAGGAACUCUGAACAAUAAAACAUAAAGUUUUUUCCUCAGUUUACAUGCUGUUGUCUUUCAAUAAAAUAAAUACUUUUACCACAAA